AUGCAACCGCCUCCACCAAAACCGAGGGAUUCCCAGGAAGUCCAAGACAAGUACAGGAGACUCGAGCAAAAGUACUUCGAACUCGAAGAAAAACACAAAGAGACCCUCAUUCAGCUCAAUAAUUUAGGUGAACAAAAUGUAAAAUGGAGAUCAGAGCGAGCGUCGCUGCUUGAUCGGAUUGCGGAACUCGAGGGCAAUCCCCAGGUCAAUCCGGGAGCACCGAUCCCUGCACCUCCGUUUUCUGCCUUUCCUCGCUCACUCCUCUCAGCCCACAACCAGAAGCUCUCCAUCAACAACCUCCGACAAGCUAUCGAUAAGGUUGAGCGCGAAGAUUCUGACGUCGACCCUUUCGUCCUCUCACGUCAUAUAGGGCCCGAGGCGCGAAAAGGCCAAGAGGCCGAGCUCAAGGAGAAACAGGAGGAGGAGGCGAGGGAGGUGCGGAGAGCGACACGAAAGGAGCUCAAGGUCGCACAGAAGAGCAAAGAUAUUGGUACGCCGUUGACGUUCGCACUCCAGCAGCCCAAUGCGUCCGUGUUGGUGUCGAGUUCGGGCACACGAUCACGACUCGAACCUCCGGCACCUCUUUCAGGAGACGCUGAGCCGGCAUCUGCAUUAUCGUCUGGCAUCACGCUCAACUCAGAUGAGGCAAGUCUACGAUUGCAGGCGAAUACCGAGUCUGAUGGAGCGCUCUCACCCGCCGUCAAUGUCGCAUGGAUGCAUCCGUGCAGUAUCACUGCUGUGGAUCCCAUCACCCCCGUGGAGUUCCCCGUCCACUCGCACAGGACCAUUGCCCCUAAGGGCCAUUGUGACUACCGUCCGACGUCUCUACCGGCCACGCCUCCGUCUCUUGGUUCAGUUUCACCAGAUGGCGCCACAAAGACGUGA